AUGGCGAGCACAUCCAAGAAUGCGGACCAGAUUGCCAUCGCACGCACACUUCUUAACGUCCCAUGGUGCGAACAGUAUGAGCGGAUGAUCUCUGGAAUGCUCUACAACUCCCUGGAUCCAGCACUCGAGACAGCUCGCUUCAAAGCUCGCGCAUGGAGUCACCGCUACAACAGUUGGUUUCCUCACGACGACCCAUCCGCAACAUUCGAGACGCUCGCCACACACCGAGACGCCCAAUUGAAACAGAUCCUCGGAUCAGUGGGCUCCGAUUGCUUCAUCGAGCCUCCAUUCUCCAUCGACUACGGCUGCAAUAUUCGCAUGGGCGACCGAGUGUACGCGAACUUCAAUCUGUGCAUUCUGGACUGCGGGAUCGUCACGAUUGGCGCGAGGACGCUAUUCGGGCCAAAUGUCAGUAUUUUCGCCGCGACGCACGAGACGGAGGUGCAGAGCCGGAGAGACAAUGUUGAGUAUGCACGAGAAGUGACCAUUGGGGAGGACUGUUGGAUCGGCGGACACGCAGUCAUUCUGCCGGGUGUGACGAUCGGAGACGGUGUCACUGUUGGCGCAAGUAGCGUAGUGACGAGGGAUGUCCCGAGCUGGUCGGUAGUGAUGGGAAGUCCUGCGAGGGUGGUGAAGAAGGUGACGCCGAUGCUCCCGUAUGAGGAACGCCAGCCAGCCGAGACCGAUGGCUUGUGA